AUGGCGGGGCAGCGCAGAUGCCCACGUCUGGUGGACGGCGGCAACUCGAGGCCUCGUGGAAUCCGCUGCAGAGCCUCCCGAGGACACCUGGACUCCUCUUUCGUCAUUAGGAAGGAUCGGCCUGUUCUGGCCUCCCAUUGUCCCCCUGGGAAGCUCUCUCAGCCUGUGACUCCCAGCCCCCGGGCUCCACCGGUGUCGGUCUGCGGGCCUGUGGAGAUGACCGGGGCCUGGCGCAGCCCUGAUGCUCCCCCAGGAGCCGCCUGGACCAGCUGGGGUCUGCGCUUGGGCGAGCCCAGCUCUGACACUCACACCUCCCCCGCCCUGCACAACGUGCCCCGCGUCCUCACGGACACGGCGGCCGCGACCCGGGGAAGCGACUGCCGGACAGGGCGGCCGCCCCAGCAGCCCUUCUCGGGAGACCUGCGCUCCCUGGAAGCAGGAAGGGGCUUUGUCUCACCGCCCUCUGGCCUCAAGCUGGGCCCAACGCCCAGCACGCAGCAGGCGCUGAGCAACGCUACGCGUGGACGAAACAGAAGCACGUUUACGCGCCAAGAAAACCCACUGACGCUGGUGCCUGUGGAUGCCUCCUUCCUGGGGCUGCCCAGGCGGGUCCUGUUUGCCCAAAAUUCUGCUGCCCCUGUGCCACAGCCUCCCAGGAACAGAAGCAGCGUGUGGCCCUGCCGCCGACCCCCAUCCCUCCAGGAACAGCUGGUGACGGCGGCCCCGAGCUGCCUCCAAAGGGCUCUGCCUCCCGACCUGGGUAAUCCUGGCCGAAAAAGGUCCAAGCAGAGGCUGCAACUGCCUGCCGUCCUUUCUUCAUUCAUCUGCCCUCCACCCAGCCACCCUCCAAUCCCCCCUACCCCACCACCCGGCCCACCAGAGGUACCCCCCAGCACUGGGCAGCAGGCACUGCAGGCAGCGGACCCAAAGCAAAAGACUGUGAAGGACCACCGACCCACCCAGCCCCCUGGCAGCUGCCUGACUUCCAUCUACAGCCUGCGGGUCCAGCCCCUGCUCGGCCAGGCUCAGGCAAGGGGCACCCCCAGCGGAGGCUGCCUGUCCUGCGUCGGGGGCCCCAGGCCUCCCAGCAGACUCUGGCCUCCUCCCCCUGCAUCCCGGCACCGCAGGCACUGCCCAGGAACCGUCCCUUAUCCACCGCAGGCAGGGCUGACGCCUGCUGCCCGUCCGGCUCCGGGGACGCCCCGAUUCCUCCCGCGGUGGGAAGGAGAGGCUGAGGACACGGUGCGGCCGCAGGCGGCUUCCUCCCAGCUCGGGGUCUGCCAAAUCGUUUUGACCACCGAGAAGGGGGAAGGUCAAGGUGGGCAAACAGACCGGAAGGGGCCGCCGAGUCCCGACAGGGACGACUCCUGGGCUCGUCCCAGGGCACCGGUGCUGCCUGCCUGGGGCGGGAGGAAUGUGCGCAGCUCCCGCUGUGCCCGAGCUCGCUGCCCCCGCAGGGUGAGCAGGGGGCCUGGAAGAGGCUCUGCCAGCGGGACGGAGACCCCACUGCCCCUGGGGGCUUCAGGAGAGGAGACAGAGGGGCCGAUGCACGGGCGGAUGAGGAGGCCUUCCCACCCGGCUCCGAUUUCGCACCCGGUCCAGUGGGGCCCCCGAAGACUGUUUAGGAAAGACUCAGACCAGAACAUUCUGACCCCUUGA